AUGAAAAUCUACAUAUUUGCAUACGUGUGCCUUUUAUCAAUUUUCGCCACAAGGGGAGUGAAAAUCGAGAGACCUUGUAACUAUAUCUGCACGCAAGUGUUAAGGAGUGCUUAUGGAACAAAAAAGACGGCGAAGAGGAAAGCAUUAAAUUUGAAUCCCCAUGGGGAGGAAACCUACUUGGAGGCGGUUCGGUCGAACAUAGCCAAGGCUGCUACCCGAGGGGUUAAGAGUCCCUUCGGUCUGGCCAUCAUCACGCUUGCGCUGGGUUCGCUAGUGGGCCUCCUAUACAAACGCAGGAAAGAAACGACGGGAGUACACGGAUCAGGUGGGUCCAGCGGCUUGUUCAAGUACAAAUGCGUUAAAUGCAACUUGGUGAUAUUUCCAUCCAAAGGCAGGGACCAAAAAUUCGUAAAGGAGGUAGGCCUCUAA